AUGCCUGGUGCUAUGAAACCUGUUCCUGCUGAGACAUUGACCGAGUCGCCAUCUAUCAACAACACCCGCCUGCGCCGUUUUCUCGUUCUCGCAGCUGUUAAGCUUCUCAAACGUAUCCUUCCUAGCCAUGGAGCUGUCAUAUUUAUUGCUGGUAAGCUCUGUAUCAAGUUCGGGCCUCUGAGGAACCUUCCAGAAGCGUCAACUAUGCGAUUUAUACACCAACACACCUCAAUACCAGUCCCAAAAGUCUACUGUGCCUUUGAGCGCAAAGGGUGGACAUAUAUCGUGAUGGAGAGAAUAGAUGGCGAAAUGCUUGGGAGUCAUUGGGGCGAACGGAGUAACGAUUCAAAGACAGAGAUACUCGAACAGCUCAAAAAGAUGAUAGCUGAGAUGCGGAAUAUACCUCCUCCUCGAGGACAAACACAAGGCAUAUGUAACAUCGAUGGUGGAUCUAUAUGGGAUAGCCGGCUGCCUGGGACUUCGAUGUGCCAUGGGCCUUUCAAGAGUGUGCACGACUUCCACAAACAUCUGAGGGGGGAUCCAAAUCACUACGACGAAGUUAGCAAGCUCAUAGCAUUGCAAGACAAGGCUUGGCCGCCGCCGGUUUUUACACAUGGCGAUUUGAGUAGCUUGAAUGUUCUUGUCCGCGGCGAUAAAAUUACAGGAAUCAUUGAUUGGGAGACAGCUGGCUGGUACCCGUCUUAUUGGGAGUAUACCACGGCUUCGCAAGUAAGCCCGAUGAAUUAUUUCUGGCGAGAGGAGAUCGACAAAUUCCUAGACCCAAUGCACGAAGAACUAGAAAUGGAAACGAUUCGGCAAAAAUAUUUCGGGGAUGUUUAG